AUGGCACUUAAUGGCAGGCCUUGUUGGAUCAUAUUCAUUCUCUUAUUAUUAUUAUCAUGUGUUGUUGCCUCUAAUGGGGCUUCAGACACAGAAUUGCUCCUCAAGGUGAAGGAGAACCUUGAAAACAAUAAUGGAUUAUCCUCAUGGAACACAUCAUCAUCUCCAUGUUCAGGUAAUCAUGCCAAUUGGAAAGGGGUUCUCUGCUAUGAAGGAAAAGUAUGGGGCUUGAAGCUUGAGAAUAUGGGUCUCAAAGGGGUCAUUGAUGUGGACUCUCUCAAGGAGUUACCAUAUCUUAGAACCAUAAGCUUCAUGAAUAACAAUUUUGAUGGUGAAUGGCCAGAAAUAAACAAGCUAGUUGGUCUCAAGUCGAUUUACCUCUCAAAUAAUAAGUUUUCUGGGGAGAUUCCAGCUCAAACUUUUAAGGGCAUGCAGUGGUUGAAGAAAAUUUAUUUGUCAAACAACAAGUUUGAGGGUGAUAUUCCAUCUUCCCUGGCAUUGUUGCCAAGGCUUAUGGAGUUAAGGUUGGAUGGAAACAAAUUCAGUGGCCUCAUUCCCCAAUUUAAAGAGACCAAAUUGAAAUACAUUACCAUAGCUAAUAAUGACUUGCAGGGCGAAAUACCAUCCAUCCUUAAUAAGAUGCCCGUUUCUUCCUUUUCUGGUAAUGAAGCGUUAUGUGGAGCCCCGUUGGAAGCAUGUCAUUCCAAGAAGCCUUCAAUUGUUAGUAUUUGUAUUGUUGCCGUAGUUGUUGGUGUGGCACUGAUUGUGAUUGGAGCUGCAAUAAUAUUCAUCCUUCAUCGAAGAAGAAAACGACAACCAACAACUUCGGUGGAGAAUCCACCAUCGAGUCUAAACAACAAAGGAGUGAGGGAUGCAGGUGAUGAAAGUCACAGGUCAUCAAGAUCAGUGAGUUCUUCCACCCAUAGCAGAAGAGGUGACCACAUGAAGUUAACUUUUAUAAGGGAUGACAGAGAGAAGUUUGAUUUGCAAGAAUUACUGAGAGCCUCUGCUGAGAUUUUGGGCAGUGGUUGUUUCAGUUCUUCUUACAAGGCUUCUUUAAUGAAUGGCCCAAGUAUAGUGGUGAAGAGGUUCAAGCAAAUGAACAAUGUAGGCAAGGAAGAGUUUCAAGAGCACAUGAGAAGAAUAGGAAGGUUGAGUCAUCCUAAUCUACAUCCUCUUGUUGCUUACUAUUACAGAAAGGAGGAGAAACUCUUAGUUACUGACUUUGUUCAGAAUGGAAGCCUGGCUGUUCGCCUUCAUGGACACCAAGCUCUAGGGGAACCAAGCCUUGAUUGGCCAAUCCGGUUGAAGAUUGUGAAAGGCAUAGCAAAAGGUCUUGAAUAUCUAUACAAGGAUAUGCCAAGUCUAAUAGCACCCCAUGGAAAUCUCAAAUCCUCUAAUGUUCUUCUGACUCAAACUUUUGAGCCCCUUCUCACUGACUAUGGCUUAGUCCCUGUGAUAAAUCAAGAGAUGGCUCAGGAUAUCAUGGUGAUCUACAAGUCUCCUGAGUAUUUGCAACAUGGAAGAAUUUCAAAGAAAACUGACUUGUGGUGUCUUGGUAUACUAAUUCUGGAGAUUCUAACUGGCAAGUUCCCUGCCAACUUUUUGCAACAGGGUAAAGGAAGUGAGGUGAGUUUGGCAAGUUGGGUGCAUUCAAUUGCCCCAGAAGAGUGGACUAAAGAAGUGUUUGAUAAAGAAAUGGGUGCAACCAAGAACAGUGAGGGAGAGAUGGUGAAGCUUUUGAAGAUUGCCUUGGAUUGUUGUGAAGGGGAUGUGGACAAGAGAUGGGAUUUGAAAGAAGCAGUAGAGAAAAUCCAAGAGGUAAAGGAGAGGGAUCUUGAUGAGAGUUUUUAUACUUCUUAUGCUAGCGAAGCAGACAUGAACUCUUCAAGAUGA